UGAGACUUCCACUGGAUACUUACCCAUUCCUGCGCGUGAAAAUACAGCCUUUUGGAUAUAUUCUCGCGUGACCUCGCGUAACAGAGGUACAAACCAGAACGCAAGUCCUCGUUUAAUGGGAAAAAAACUGUUUUCAAUCCAAGAAGUUUUUUCUUCGCGUGAAAUCCAAAGUUUUGCCUUGAGUGAGUGCACGCGAUCCCAAUCCGUGAAUGGUCGUCGGACACGCAGAACACACAGGUCAAUGACUUUUUAAUCUUUCUCACACCAUUUAUUCUGAAAUGUGUUGGUACAGCUGUCGAAGAAGCCUGGUGUAGUGUUAGGGAUUGGAUCUUGCAGACUACAGACUUCAGUAUCUAAAUCAGGCGAUAGGAGCUGACAGAAGGGACCGCGAGAGAGCGGACGAUAAACGGUUUCUUCCAAGGAUGACUUUAGGGGCGGAAAUGUCCGACAGCUCUGCAUUGUCCGAAGACUUGGACAUCGAUGUGGUCGGGGGAGAUAUCGCAGUGGGCAAAGACGGAAAAUAUAUGCAUCACGAUUUUAACUUGGACAAUGACUCCGACGAUAACUUCUCUCAGAAUGCCAGUGAGAGGGUGUCCUCCCCGGGACUCAGCAGCUCCGAGUGUCAGUCAGAGCAGAUGGGCUCCAACGCCGAGCCCGGGAGCAUGGUUGGGGACAAACCCAGCAAAAGUGCCCUCGUAAAGCCACCCUACUCAUAUAUAGCUCUUAUCACCAUGGCAAUCCUGCAGAGUCCCAAAAAGCGCCUCACCUUGAGCGAAAUCUGCGAGUUCAUCAGCAACAGGUUCCCAUACUACAGAGAAAAAUUCCCCGCUUGGCAAAACUCAAUCCGCCACAACCUUUCCCUUAACGACUGCUUCGUCAAAAUCCCCCGGGAACCUGGGAACCCUGGAAAAGGCAACUACUGGACCCUGGACCCCGAGUCCGCGGACAUGUUUGACAACGGGAGCUUUUUACGCAGGAGGAAGCGCUUCAAGAGACAUCAAACCAAUGAAAUCUUAAGGGACUCCGGGGGUUUUCUGCCAGGGUUUGGAUAUGGCCCCUACGGGUACAACUAUGGACUCCAGCUGCAGAACUUCCACGCGGCUCACAAUCCGUAUCACCCGCACCAUCCGGGGAGCGCGUUCCCGUUCCAAAGCGCGCCGUGCGCACUGCCUACUCCAGCCUCGAUGUUCCCCACGCCCCAUCCCUUACCCUCUCUCUUAAGUGCCGAUUUACGAAAGCCAUUUUACCCCCAACUAAGCCCCACUUUACCAAGCUUGCCACCCCUCAAAACGGACACUACCGUGCCGAGCAGGCCCUCUUUCUCCAUCGACAACAUCAUUGGCGCCGCCAACUCCACGGCCUCGUCGUACGGCUCACAGUCCAGCAACCAGGCGCAGAUCCUGGCCAUGCUGACCCCGGCACUCGCCUCUGCCUCCAACCACUUAAACAUCUCACAGGAGAGCAUAUUACUAGCGGGAUCAGCGAGCCAGGCGUUCACAAGCAAAACGUCCAAUAUGAACACUUGUCCUUUCUAAAUGCCCGGUGACAAUUAUCACUUCGAACGGGCGUCAUUAACAGCCCAUUGUGGUAGUACCGACCGUUUUGGGAAGGUAGGAUAAACAUUCGUUGCGGGAGGGGAAAAAGAGUGUCGAGACUCUCUUUCACUGUUCAUACGAUGCGAGAAAGGAUAACUUAAAAUGUAUAUUUAUGUUUUUUUUCUUUUUUUUUGUAAAUAUGUGAAUAAUAACGAGAAAAACAAGACGAUUUGAGAAAGGGUCUUCUUACUCAUAGUUAUUGUACAUUUUUGUCCUGGAUUGGUCGAGUAUGAAAAUAUCAUUUUUAUUUAACAUAAGUUAAAUGUCUCUUAUCUCUAUUGGGAUGAUUUGCGUUUGAAAUAAAUAAUAAUAAUAAUAAUUAUAAUAAUUGAGAUUUCUAUGGUUUGUAUUGUUUUUAUAUUUUGUGAGAAAUAAAGCACUGUUGUUGGCAUAGGCUUACAUAAACCGCAAACUCAGGUUUUUUAGAAAGCACAUCCAGAGAAAUGGGGUUCUGAUAAUAAAUGCCUAACCUUUUCCACCACAACUCCAGAUCUCCUCUUACAGGCCGUCUCGAUAAAUGUGUGACUUUACCAUUUCAUAUUGUCAUGGGCAUGUAGGUUAUGGGUAUUGGUGUAAAGAAGAGCGUGAACUCUCUCUCUGUCUCUCUCUCGCCCUCUUUCUGUUUAACUGUUGUGCGUAUAGGGUUCGUUUCUAUCUAUUUCACAUCAAAUUAAUCUGUGAAGCGUAUGUCUUGUGUUGCCAAUAGAGAGAGACAAACCCAAUGUUUAUAGGCCAUUUUUGUUGUAAUGACAAGAAUAAUAAAUGUUUGUGAAUUUCAACAUA